AUGAUGGCCGAUGGAAGAUGGGAUUCCGCGACAAAUAUAAAAUUUAUUGAAGCAUAUAAGCAACAAGUGUGCUUGUGGGACCCUAAAAAUCCUGAGUAUAAAAAUCGAGAACAACGCUAUGUCGCCUACCGUAACAUAAUAGAGGCUAUGGCAAUUGAUCUUACUGUAAAGUUUGUAAUAUCAAAAAUACGUUCCCUUCGCAAUACAUACAAUAAUGAAAUGUUAAAGUCAAAAAAAUCCGUAAUGAAUGGAAGAAAUCGGAUUUAUAAAUCUAAAAUUCCCUGGUUAGAUAGUCUAGAUUUUUUGAAGAAUAUAGACAGUUGUACAAGAACAAAUACAGAUGUCUUGGUCAAGCAAGACUAUCACCAAGCUCCAACUACUUUGUCAAAUGUUGAAGGUAACAAUGACUUGUAUAGCCAAAAUGCUAAUUACUCAAAUAGAGCAGCUAAAAAAGUAAAAACUUGUGCGGUGAUAGAGACGGUAAAAGCACAAGAAAAAGUGUCCACUCAGCAGCUCAACAACACUGAAAAUGAUGAAUUCGAUUCAUUUGGUAAUGUUGUCGCGAAGCAGUUGCGGACCUUACCUUUAGAAGUGGCAUUAGAAUCCGAGGAACUAAUACUAGCAGUUUUAAGAAAACAACGCAUGAAAGUCUUAAAACUGCACGAAAACGAA